AUGGCACCUUCACUCUCUCAUCCGUCCAGGUCGGAAUCCCCCUCGAAGGUAGAUAUUCCUAUGGCAGAUGCCAAUGGCCAUACAUCCAAAACUAUGGAGGGAGCCCGUGACGAGGACCACAGCAUGAUGGAUUACCAGGAUACUCCGGACUACACGUAUUCAGAUGGAAAGUCUAACCUCUGCCAGGAUUCUGAUACCAAUCCAAAUACGACUGCAAGUAGCAUCGCUGGCGAUACAGUUCAACAAGAUGGGCGCAAACGAAGAUCAGAGGCAUUUCAGCUCCGGAAAAGUGUGCUGGGCCGAAAACAUGGGCGUCUCGAUGAAUCGAAGGAAGAUGAUUCGAUCCGCAGAUUUCGCUACCUACUUGGACUGACUGACCUUUUUCGGCACUUUAUUGAAACGAAUCCAAACCCCCGCAUAAAAGAAAUCAUGGCAGAGAUUGAUCGUCAAAAUGAAAUGGAGGCUGGCGCCAGGAAAGGUCUCACGCGUAAAGGUGGUGCUAGUGGGGAGCGGCGGCGGCGGACAGAACAAGAAGAAGAUGCGGAACUCCUGAAAGACGAGAAGCGCGGUGGCCAGGCCGAAACGUCUCGCUUCACGAGAAUGGCAUUUCCUGGAAUUCUCGCCGACGAGAUGGGUCUCGGGAAGACACUACAGACAAUCGCAUUUUUGGGCUAUCUAAGGCACAUUUGUGGCAUAACUGGUCCACAUCUCAUUACUGUUCCAAAAUCAACUCUCGACAAUUGGCAUCGAGAAUUCUCGAAGUGGACUCCUGACGUCAAUGUUCUCGUUCUUCAGGGAGCAAAAGAUGACCGCCACAAGCUCAUCAAUGAGCGGCUCGUCGACGAAAAGUUCGACGUAUGUAUCACCAGUUACGAAAUGGUUCUGAGGGAGAAAUCUCAUUUGAAAAAGUUCGCCUGGGAAUAUAUCGUCAUUGACGAGGCUCAUCGGAUAAAAAAUGAAGAAUCUUCUCUGGCUCAAAUCAUCCGCGUUUUCCACUCAAGGAAUCGACUCCUAAUUACUGGAACACCCCUCCAGAAUAAUCUCCAUGAGCUUUGGGCACUUCUCAAUUUUCUUUUACCUGAUGUCUUUGGAGACUCUGACGCAUUCGACCAGUGGUUCUCCAAUCAGGAAGCAGAUCAGGAUACCGUGGUGCAGCAACUCCAUCGAGUUCUCCGACCAUUUUUGCUCCGCCGUGUUAAGGGUGAUGUUGAAAAGAGUUUGCUUCCCAAGAAGGAAAUGAACUUGUAUGUUGGCAUGUCUGAUAUGCAGGUAAAAUGGUACCAGAAAAUCCUGGAGAAGGAUAUCGAUGCGGUCAAUGGAGCCCAAGGCAAACGUGAAUCCAAAACCCGUCUACUUAAUAUAGUUAUGCAACUGAGGAAAUGCUGCAACCACCCGUAUCUUUUUGAGGGUGCAGAGCCGGGGCCUCCUUACACCACUGAUGAGCAUCUGAUUGAUAACGCUGGAAAGAUGGUGAUUUUGGAUAAAAUUUUAAAGCGAAUGAAGAAUCAAGGAAGCCGCGUCUUAAUUUUCUCACAGAUGAGCCGGGUUCUUGAUAUUUUGGAGGAUUAUUGUGUUUUCAGAGAACAUCAAUAUUGUCGAAUUGACGGCUCGACUGCCCAUGAAGAUCGUAUUGCUGCAAUUGACGAAUACAACCGCCCUGGCUCGGAGAAGUUUAUCUUCCUCCUUACGACACGAGCUGGGGGUCUAGGAAUCAAUCUCACGAGCGCUGAUAUUGUCAUACUGUAUGACAGCGACUGGAAUCCCCAAGCAGAUUUACAGGCCAUGGAUCGCGCUCAUCGUAUCGGCCAGACAAAGCAAGUUGUUGUUUUCCGUUUUGUGACUGAAAAUGCAAUUGAAGAAAAAGUCCUCGAACGCGCAGCACAAAAACUAAGACUAGAUCAACUGGUUAUCCAACAAGGACGAGCUCAGCAGCAAGUCAAGAAUGCCGCGUCUAAAGAUGAACUGCUGAGCAUGAUCCAGCACGGUGCCGCUAGCGUUUUCAAUACCAAGGGCCCAACGGGAGCUCUAGCGAAAGGCAAUGACAUUUCAGAAGAUGAUAUCGACGAAAUUUUGAGAAAAGGCGAAGAACGUACAGCGGAACUGAAUAAGAAAUAUGAGAAACUUGGAAUCGAUGAUCUUCAGAAGUUCACAUCCGACAACGCGUAUGAGUGGAACGGAGAGGACUUCACCAAUCGAAAGAAGGAUAUUGCUAUCAACUGGAUCAACCCUGCAAAACGUGAACGGAAAGAACAAUCGUACUCUAUGGACCAGUAUUAUCGACAGGCGUUGGCUACUGGAGGUAGGACUGCUGACCCAAAACCCAAGGUCCCGCGAGCACCGAAACAGAUUGCCAUUCAUGACUGGCAGUUCUUCCCUCCAAAACUACAGGAGUUACAGGAAAAAGAAACCGCCUACUUCCAUAAGGAGAUUGGAUACAAGGCAGUUCUCCCUGAUGGGCCUGACGAGGAACUCAGUGAUAGAGAAGCUGAGCGAGAAUUGGAGCAACAGGAAAUCGACAAUGCCGUUCCGUUGACGGAAGAGGAACAGGAGGAAAAGGCCGCAUUAUCCGAAGAAGGCUUUGGCAACUGGAAUCGACGAGACUUUCAACAAUUUAUCAACGGAUCCGCAAAGUUCGGUCGCACUAAUUAUAACGAGAUUGCUACAGAAGUAGACAGCAAGGAUCCCGAGGAGAUCAAAGAGUAUGCAAAGGUGUUCUGGAAGCGAUAUACUGAAAUUCAAGAUUACCCUAAACAUAUCCGUGUCAUCGAACAAGGUGAAGAGAAGAUGCGCAAAAUGAACCACCAGCGCAAGAUGCUUCGCAAGAAAAUGGAAAUGUACCGCGUCCCACUCCAACAACUGAAAGUGAAUUAUACCGUCUCCACGACAAAUAAGAAGGCAUGGCGUCGAUGGCGAGGGCCUCUAUGA